CAUUUAGUCGAUGAGGACGGAGACACACCCUUGCAUUACGCGGCAUACGGCAAUCAGCCGGAGAUAAUAAAUUUACUGUUAUCGCGAGGCGCAGUCGUCGAUGUCAUCAACAAUGUCAGAUGUAGUGCUCUGCACAUAGCCGCGCUGAAAGGUCAGCGCGAUCUUUGCACUCUGCUUUUGGACGCCGGUGCUUUUAGGCAUUUGGUCGAUCGAAACAGAUUCACGCCCUUGCAUUACGCGGCAUACGGCAAUCAGCCGGAAAUAGUGGAUCUAUUGUUAUCGCGAGGCGCAUUCGUCGAUGUCGUCAACAACGUCAGAUGUAGUUCUCUGCAUGUGGCCGCGAAGAACGGUUAUCGCGAUGUCUGCACCCUCCUUCUGAACGCUGGUGCUUCUUUGCAAUUGGUCGAUAAGGACGGAGACACACCCUUACAUUGCGCGGCAUACGG